AUGGAGCGCGGGACGUCCCGUCAGACCCCAUCAGGAGAGGUGAAUUCACCCAGGGAGGCGGUUGCGCCUUCAGAGGAUGAAUUGCUUCCUUCCCCGACUAAGCCGUGGUCCCCGAUACGAAGCGGUGAGCUUCGCGAGCUCCAAGACGACUCCGAAGACUUGUCCCCGAGGGAGGCGCCACCUGAAGAUGAUGAUCAGCCGGUCUUUGCAUCGCGAGCACAGGCUGCCCAAGCCCGUUCUUCACCAGAUGCAUCCACGCGACCCGGCUCCGACUUCGGAGAAGUACCUCCAGAAGAUGACAGUCCACCAUUGAGUCCAGUAUCCUUUCAUUCUCCGGGCUGGUCAGGCAGUGAGGGCCAGGCUCCAGAUGAAGGAGGCGGGCAAAAUCUGGAGAAGCAGGAUGAAACGCCGCCUGAGAAACCGCAGCCAAUGAGCAGCAAGUCACCUGUUCAAGGAUCUGCAGGUCAAGCUGACCAUGCCGACUCCACGCAGAAGAGUGACGAGAAGAAGCAGGUUUUGCAAGAAGGUGUAAUCCUGCUUCAGCGCUACGAUCGCAAACGCAGCUGCUUCGAGCUGCGAGUGAGCAACAAGAAGCUUGCAAAUCUGAAUUUCACGGUGGACAUUUCUAAAUCGGUCAAUCUGGAGUUUCGGGUUCCACCUGGAAAAAGAGGCUCGCAUGCAUGCUCUGUGGAGGUACCAGCUGGAUCAGUGUGGGACCUAUGCCAGAUCGGCCAGGUUGACUCGAAUCAGAAGAAGAUGGUGCUCAGCACAAACUUCAGCUGGGUGCCCCAACCGGCUGAUCGUAAGCUUGUGCAGCAGCAGACUGCAGCAGAGGUGAAGAGGCGUCGCGAGAUAGCGGAGAAUCUCAAGACCUUGGGCAUUGUUGCGUCCAAAUUGGGGUCUGCCGCCAAGAUUGAGGAGGCUUGCUCAAAGCGAGGCAUUUCCCAGUUUGUGGAUGCGGAGUUCUUCGCUGAUGACGCUGCCCUGUUCAACGAUCCAUCCAGCGAAGACCACCCCAGCGUUGUUUGGAAGCGGCCUGAUGAGUUCUGCAAGGGUGAGGUCAGGGUUUUCUCUGACUCGAUAGUGCCAUGUGAUAUCAACCAGGGCGCAUUAGGUGACUGUUGGUAUUUGGCUGCUUUGGCAGCCAUAACCGAACAACCAAAGCUCAUACGAAAGCUUUUCAGCACGGAGAAGCACAGCAGACUUGGUCUCUACGAAGUUUCAUGCUUCAAGAACGGGCAGCCGACCAAAGUCAUUGUGGAUGACCUGAUCCCAUGCUCGCCCACCACUGGCAAGCCAUGCUAUGCACAUGUCAAUGUUGAGAAUGAAGGUAACGCUGUGCAUGAGCUGUGGGUGGCUCUCCUGGAAAAAGCAUGGGCCAAGCUUCAUGGUUCGUAUGAACAAAUCGAGGGUGGACUCCCGUAUCAAGCUUUGAUGGAUUUGUUGGGUGUGGCUGGCAAGCAGUAUCAGCUAAGCGGUCAGCAGCCCAGCAGCUUUCCAACCACCGAUAGCUUCUUUGAGGCGCUGCAAAAGUUUGACAAGGAAGGCUACCUGAUGGUGGCGGGCACGAGUGGUGUGGAUAACCUCACUAAGGGAGGAGGAAAAGCUCCUUUGGAUGGCUUGGUGCCAGGCCAUGCGUACACUUUGCUAACAGUUCGCCAGGCCUGUGGUGUCAGACUGCUACGACUUCGCAACCCCUGGGGCGAUCACGAAUGGACUGGCGACUGGAGUGACAAGAGUGUCCUAUGGAGCGACAAGUUCAAAGCGGCUUUUGAGGUUGAGAUUAAUGAGCAUGACGGAGCCUUCUGGAUGAGUGACAAGGACUUCCUGAAGCACUUUUCAUCCGUGGGUGUGGCAUUCUUUGACGGCUCUUGGACGAUCUCUCGCACGCUGCUCACAACUACUGGGGCAUCUAUGUGCAAUCAGCUCAUCCGCAUCAAAUUACGCACUCCUGCACGGGGCUUCCUAAGCCUCAUCCAAUGCGACGAACGAGUUAAAGGCACCUCGAAAUACAUCAAGUCACAAUUCGCACUCUAUGGUCCACUUUCUGCAGGUCGAGCCCCACCCAAAGUGUUCCAGAGCCACAUGUGGGACGUUCGCGAACUUGUGGAGGAGAUCCCUGAAAAGCUCACGCCAGGGGAAUAUUUCGUUGCUGUCUGGACCCCCAACAAGGAGAAGCUGCGGCAUUUGACCCUGCAACUGCAGCUAGAAGAAGCUGGCAAGCAUGCAAUGCAGGGUCAGCAUGUGGCCUACCCGAUGCCGAUCGAGGAGAGCCAGAUGGAUGCUGGUCCAAGCUACGGGGCGCAUUCGGUGUCGUGGAGCUCUCAGCUGCAGAGGCUGGUCCAGCAAAUGAUCUAA